AGCGCCCGUUAUCGAGCGCUCAGCACGCCGUCGUGCAGCUUGCACACUCCAAGCCCGAGCCGUCGUCGUUCCUUCACGCCCCCAGCAUAGCAUCCGGUGCGUCCUUUGCUUGCUCUGCAUCGCCGUGACCGAGCGUACGCCACGCCCUCGCUGCUACUGCUAGCUAUCUACCCCGGAUUUUCCUGCCGGCCGCUCACCGACAUCCCAUGGACCCCGUGUGCUAGCCAACGCUUGUAGCCGACAGACGAACCAACAGCAUUCCAGGCGCCCUCCACGACGGGAGCUGUGUAGCGCGGCACCACACGGCAGCAUUACGACGACAGACCUGUCCGCAUAUACACUCUACGCUUGCCUCCCCUCCGCUCGCAUCCUUAGCCCAGCAUCCGCAUCCCCCAUCUUUCGCGCCAACCAUGCCUCGCCGCAGCGUUUGGCUCUUCGUCAUCGUCAACCUCCUCUUCGUAGCCUUCCUCGUCAACUCCGUGUGGACGCUGCUCUCGCUCCUCGUCGUCGACGGCGCCGAGGACAGGAUCUCUCGCGCCGAACUGCCGGGGCCCAACAGCGACGUCAAGGCGCGGCAGCGGGUCAUCCCCAAGAUCAUACACCAGACAUACAUAAACGAGAGCAUACCUGCCCACUGGAAGGUGGCCCAGCAGUCAUGCCUGGACUUGCACGAGGACUACGAGUACAAGCUGUGGACAGACAAGGCCAGCCGAGAAUUCAUUGCUGCCGAGUUCCCCUGGUUCCUGGAGACGUUCGAUGGCUACGCAUUCCCCAUCCAACGGGCGGAUGCGAUCCGGUACUUUGUGCUGGCUCACUACGGAGGCGUGUAUAUUGAUUUGGACGACGGCUGCCAACGCCGCCUCGAUCCCCUCCUCACCUACAGCGCUUGGGUCCGUCGCACGAUUCCCACGGGCAUAUCAAACGACGUGAUGGGCAGCGUUCCCCACCAUCCGUUCUUCCUCAAGGUCAUUGACGCCCUCCCUCGCUACGACCGCUCUUGGCUGCUCCCUUACAUCACCGUCAUGGGCUCGACCGGCCCGCUCUUCCUCAGCAUCAUCUGGCGCCACUACAACAACGAGGGCCACGACAGCGACGACGAAAGAAUCCGCCUGCUGUUUCCGGACGAGUACAACAAGAACUCGUGGAGCUUCUUCAGCCAUCACCUCGGCAACAGCUGGCACCGAGCGGAUGUGAAAUUGAUUCUCUGGAUGGCCCAGCACUGGGUCUUCCUCACCGUCUUGGGCUUCAUACUCGCCGGCGUCUUCUUCUUCGGCGUCUGGUGGCUGUACGGCAGAUUCAUCUCCAGCCCGGCCUCGCGCGUCCGCACCAGGCGCAUCUGGUUCUGGCGCCGAAGAGGCGGCAGCGGCACCGUCAAGAUCGGCGACCACGACGUGCCCCUGCUCGAGCGCCGCAACAGCGACCUGGAGGAUCGCAGGGUCGAGUGAGAGCCCGCGCAGGCCCCGAUCACGCACUUACACGCACACACACACACAGAGAGAGACUCGUACCCGGGAGGGGGCGUCCUCCGCGCCAGCGUGCGCCGCGACCUUUUCUCGCCGCCCCGUUUUCAGGCGCUGGCGCUUUCGCACCACUCAGGUUGCACGGCGACGGAGUUUCUUCUUCUCUCUUACUCUUUCUUCUUUCUUUUCUUUUUUUUCCCACCCUUCCCCUCCCCGCGGAUCUCGAAACCUGUCGCAAAAUCACGUCUCUCUGCUGCAUGGGCAAAGCCUGGUUCAUCGGCGGUGGGCAGGACCACCAAGCUUCGUGCGGAAAAAAAAAAAAAAAAAAGAAAAAGCACAAAAA